GACCAGUACUUAGAACUUUAUUCGAUUGUCUGGUCUUAACGAAGAUCAGUUAAAGUUUUUGCAAAGUUUUUCAUCUCCAAUUUGUUUUUUCCUUUAUUUUGUUAUCUCGAUUAUCCUGUGAUCUUAAACAUUAACAAUGAAGCCAUUUGCCUUAGUCCUUUUAUCAGUUACUUUAGUUGCUGCCUCUAGAGGUGGUUCCUCAGGUGGUUACGGUGGUGGAUCCAGCGGUGGAUACGGUGGAGGUUCAUCAUCAGGUGGAUAUGGUGGUGGAUCAUCAGCCGGUGGUUAUGGUGGUGGUGCCUCUUCAGGUGGAUAUGGUGGAGGUUCAUCAGCCGGAGGUUACGGUGGUGGAUCAUCAUCAGGUGGUUAUGGUGGUAAUGCUGGUGGUGCCUCAGCUGGAGGUUAUGGCGGUUCUUCAGGUGGCUCAUCUUAUGGUGGACAAUCAGCCGGAGGCUAUGGAGGUGGAUCAAACAAGAAAUCCUCUUACAAAGUCCUCUACUUGCCAGUUAUCCCAGUGAAAUCACAAAAAUCCGGUGGAUCUGGUGGAUACGGCGGUGAAUCUGCCGGAGGUUAUGGCGGUAACUCUGGUGCCUCCUCAUCAUCUUAUGGUGGUCAAUCAGCUGGAGGUUAUGGUGGUUCCUCAGGUGGCUCAAGCUACGGAGGUUCAUCAGGCGGUUCAGGUUAUGGAGCUGGUGCUUCAUCAGGAUCAUCAGGCUACGGUGGUCAACAACAAGCUUCAGCCGGAGGUUAUGGUGGCUCUUCAGGCGGUUCAUCUUAUGGUGGACAAUCAGCUGGAGGUUAUGGUGGUUCAUCCUCAGGUGGCUCAAGCUACGGAGGUCAACAACAAGCUGGAGGUUAUGGAGGUAACUCUGGUGGAUCAAGCUACGGUGGACAAUCAGCCGGAGGUUAUGGUGGCUCUUCAGGAGGUUCAUCAUACGGUGGACAACAAUCCGGAGGUUAUGGUGGACAACAAGCUGGAGGUUACGGUGGAUCAUCAGGUGGCUCAAGCUACGGAGGUCAACAACAAGCUUCAGCCGGAGGUUACGGAGGUUCAUCCUCAGGUGGAUAUGGCGGUAACUCUGGUUCAAGUGCCGGUGGUUAUGGCGGUUCAUCAUCAGGUGGAUAUGGUGCUCAAGGUCAAUCCGACGAUGCUCCAGUUAUCCCAGUCAUCAUAAUCCAAAAAGAUGAAGCUGGUUACGGUGGACAACAAGCCUCAGCUGGAGGUUAUGGAGGUUCAUCCUCAGGUGGCUCAAGCUACGGAGGUUCAUCAGGUGGUUCAGGUUAUGGAGCUGGUGCUUCAUCAGGAUCAUCAGGUUACGGCAGUGGAUCUGGUUCAGGUUAUGGCGGUGGUUCAACCGGUGGUAAAUCAUCAGGUGGCUACGGUGGUUCCUCAGGUGGAUCAGGCUACGGUUCUGGUUCAGGUUCAGGUUCAGGUGGAUACGGAGGCUCAUCUGGAGGCUCAGGUUACGGUGGUAACUCAGGUGGAUCAGGAUACGGUUCUGGUUCAGGAUCUGGUUACGGCGGUGGAAAGGGCAAGGGCGGCGCUUCAGGUGCCUCAGGCUAUUGAUCUCACUAGACGCCUUCCAGUUUCCCUCCUUGAAUUAGCAAAAAGAUAAACUUUUCACUCUCACUCUCUACUUAAGACUCUGAACUCAUCAUAACCCUUUCCACUCCCACUCCCACUUCCACUCACAACCCUUUAACUCCCUUCAAUUUCAUUCUCAAUCAAAAUUCAUCAGCAAUCAAACACAAUCAACACGAUCAAUGGAAACCCUGAAAGUGACAAUUAUCAUUUAAGUUGAUGUUGAUUUUGUUAAAGACAAAUUAAUCCAAUGAUAACCAAGACAAUUUCAUUUGAUUUAAUUAACUCACUCAAAAAUCAAAUGGAUUAUCAUCAUGCUCAUUAAUCAUUAAUUCAUUACCAUCAUUUCAUUUAAUCAUCAUCAUGGUUUUUAACUAAUUAAUCUAAUUACCGUUACAUAUCUUAACCAUUUUUCUUUGAGCGAAAAUCAAAUCAAUACUGUUGAAUAAUUUAAUCACAAUUAGCUGAUGAAACUAAUUGUUUAGAGUAAAUUAUGAAAACUUAUCUGAUUAUUUUCCUCAAAUAGAAUCAACAAUUAACUAAAUGAUAAUUAAAAUGUCACUUACUCUUCCUCUUUCUAUCUUGUAAUAUAAUAUAAAUAAUAAUUUGUAUCAAGUUGAUUUUCAUAACAAUUAAAUCAAUUUGAUUCUUUUCGUUAAA